GCUGCGAAUCUGCAGGCUGAAGGCUUGCACAUGUGAUCGCGUUACAGAAAGGGUUGAGACUCCCGGCAGAUGGAGACGUUAAACUUGCCGGGUGUGCAUCUUGUGCCAGCUGCUUGAGACAGCCAGCGCCAAAAUACGAUCGACAAAGCUUAUGUGUAGUUCGCACAUCUCCGGCGGAACUCGUACCCAGGGAAUGCAGACGUAGCAGUCGGUGGCUUGAAACGGUAAUCAGAAGAGAGAAGCGUGAGUCGAACAGUUCGAGGCAGAGGGAUCACACAGCGGCCAGAGGGAGGCGAGACUGGCGGCGGCUAGACUGAGAAAAGGAUAGAUAUCAAGUUAAUAAAAAAAAAGGCAAACCGCAAUAAUAGAAGUAAAUAAACAAACAUGGAUGUUGGGAUUGCAGAAGAGUUCUUGUGGCAUACUCCUGAAAUGAAGCAGGGCUGUGAGGAGAGACCGCUUUACCUCUGGGAUUCGGCUCUUGCGCAGCAUGGCCUGGGUGCACGGCAGAGGACACUCUGUGGCUGCAAGGUCUAGAUCCCCCGCUGGCCUAGAGAAAGCUCCAGCGUCAUGUUCUACACGUCUUCUACAAGCAUGUCCCUGCCCUCCAAGAAAAAACUGAAGAGACAGAGCCGGACCUUCACGCAGGUCCUGUACCGGACUUUGAGUUACCGGGACCACCGCUCUGUCACCGACAUCAGCGACCAGGUGGCCGACGACCCUGCCGAGCUGUCCACCCAGACCUCGGUCCCUGGAGUGCUCAAGAUCUUUGGGGACAAGAUCUGCAUGGGGGCCAACUACAAGAGCGUGCUGGCCACGCCACGCUCCAGUGCCAAGGAGCUGGUGAAGGAGGCCCUGGAGCGCUACUGCCUAAAUAAGGCUGCUGCCUGCAAGUACCUUCUCUGUGACGUCAUCGGGAGGUUCGAGGGGGUAGACAAGCGCUGGCGGACUGAAUGCAUCAGGGCCCUGGGAGACAACGAGAAGCCCCUCCUGCUGCAGGACUUGUGGAAGCCAAAGGAAGGGUUCUCCCGUAGGUUCGAGCUGCGCAGACGGGCUGAAGUGGAGGAGAUGGCUGCCAGAGAGAAAGACACUGUCACAGCAGAUAUAAACGCCCAGGCGAGGAAGUUGCAGCGGAACCGAGCGAAGGGAACUACAACGCUGUCCCCGGGGGAGUCGCUCUGUCGCAGCCUGAGCGAGACCAGCCUCAACCUGGCGGGCGGGCCUGGGGACGAGCCCAAGAGAUACUACUCCACGCUGCCAGAGCCACUGCUACGAGGGCGGGCAGGGAGGGAGGGCUCCAACAACAGUAGGAAGAGGAAGGAGGAGAGGGAGGGCGGGGGUGUGCGGCACUCCCUCUACCACUCACCCCACCUGCUGCUGCUCCAAGGAUUCAACCAGCGCAGCGACUGCCUGGUGUACCUCCUGAACCGAGACCAGCAUACCGUGGGUCAGGAGACGGCCUCAGCCCGGCCCAACAUCUGCCUGUCUUCCCCAGACAUCCUGCAGCUGCACUGCAAGAUCAAGAAGGUCCAGGUGGUGAGGCGCUUCAGCCAGACUGUGCAGGAGAGGCUGGUGGUGGAGCCGCACCCUCAGGCCAAGGUCUUAAUCAACUUCUCCAGAGCGGACCACACCACCCAGCUGCGCCACGGAGACCUGCUCUCCUUCGGUGCCCACUACAUAUUCCUCUACAAGGACCCCGUGAGUGCCAAGCCUCUUCCGACACAGACACUCGGCAGGCUUAAAAUCCUCUUCCAGCUGCACGAGCCGGAGCUGGACCUAGUGACCCCACUGGCUUGCAAAAUGUGUGGCAGCGUUAUCAAGGAGAAGCAGCAGCAGCAGCAGCAGCAGCAGCCGGCCCACAGAAGUGUCAAACCCCACCUAAUGAAAAGCAAAAGCCUGCAAAGAAGGAAGCUGCACCUGGACUUCGAGGAAGCCCAGGAGGACGAGUUGAUCGGGAGAAUAAUGUCCCUCAUCGAGCCAGGUGGGGAUGACCACAAGCUGACUCCAGCAUACCUGCUUUGCCUGUGCAUCAAGCACUCAGCCGCAGCCUUUGAGGGAGGCAGCUUUGGGAAGCUCCUUCUAAAGAUUGUGAAAAGGAUACAGUCUGUAGCUUGGGAGAAGACUAAAGAGCUGGCAGAGAAACAGGCUCGGCACCAGGACGCAGCCUCACUGUCCCUGCUGAGUGUCACAGACCUAGUCCCAGACCUGCAGCUCAUCCUGUUCUGGAUGUCCAACUCCAUCGAGAUCCUCUACUACAUCCAGCAGAAGACCCCAGGCUUCCUGCAGGACAUGGAGCAGCUGGAUGUGAAAGGUUCUAAAGUAUCCCUGCUCUCCACCGCCAUAUCAGCCAAUGAGGAAGCCAUGACUAUCUUAGAGGAAGUGAUCAUGUACACCUUCCAGCAGUGUGUGUAUUAUAUCACCAAGUCAUUGUACGUCUCCCUGCCUGGCUUGCUGGAAUGUAACCCUUUUCAGGCUGAGAACAGUGACCCCUGCUGCCGAGGAGGCUCCCCUGCGCUCCCAGAGCCUGUCCGCAAGGUGGUUCUGAUCUACCAGACCACACUGGACCUGCUGCAGCAGUACCAGGUGCACUCUGAGGUCCAGUCCCAGAUGUUUGCUUACCUCUUCUUCUUCACCAACAUCUCCCUCUUCAACCAACUCCUAGACAAAGGCCCACUGCGGGGGUGGUUCCACUGGUCUAGGGGCAUGCAGAUCCAGAGCAGUCUUCGUCUGGUUCUUGAGUGGGCCGGGAACGCUGGUCUCAGUCACCUGGCCGAGGAGUUCUUCUCCAAGUUUUCCAGCGCUGUGAGCCUGCUGGCCACACCGACCCUGCAGCUCGUGCAGAUGACCUGGAAAUCUCUCUGCAGUGAUUACCCAGCUCUCAAACCAGCCCAGCUGCACCACCUCCUGACUAAGUACCAGCUGGCUCCAGAUGCAGGGCCUGUCCUGGCCUGGCAGCCCAGCCCAGAGGAGGAGGCACAGAUCUACAGGACAGUGGAUCUUGUGGAGAGUUUUGAGAACCACCCCCCCAUUGUCCUGCCCAGCAGUGGAUUCCAGGUGGACACUGAGUCGGACACUGUGGAUGACAACAUCUACAGACAGCUGCUGUACGUGCGCCACUUUCUGUGGAGCCUGGGAGCAAAGUCCCCCUCCUCCAACGGCAGCAUAGAUUCCCAGGAGCUACAGAGAGAGCCACCAUUAUCUCAUAGUAGUCCAAGGCCGGCAGCUCCAAAAGGCCAUGGCACCUCAACCAACCACCAUCACACUGGCAGCCACCUGGAGACCCAGCUGGAUGGGAGAGUCUCUGUCGUGUCCAGUCUCAGCAGCGGUCCUAGAGAUGGUCAGUGUCAUGAAGACAGGCUCAAAGAGAAGCUGAAUCAUGUCUUGCUGCAGGGUAGCCUGGGGAGGGACAGCUCCUUUCUGCACAGCAAGCAGCCCCUGGACCACUCCUGCCUGCUGACCCCUCCCAACACACCACUCUACACUGACUUCAGCCAGCAGGACAGCGUGCCGCUAAACAGGGGGGGCAGGACUAUCCACAACGUCAGUAAAGGACUGAACGGCUUCAGCGUCAAUGGAGUGGAAGGCAACAGCAAUGGGGUUAUUGCCUUCCCCACCUCCAUCUCCUCCAGUCUCAGUUCAGCAGCUGAUGAUUUCUGUUACGUGUUUAUAGUUGAGCUGGACAAGGGACCCUUCGGACUUGGAAUGGGGCUGAUUGAUGGUCUGCACACGCCCCUCACCGCCCCUGGGAUCUAUAUCCGAACGCUGAUCCCUGACGGGCCGGCUGCUUCAGACGGGAGGCUCAACAUUGGAGACAGGAUCUUAGCUGUGAAUGGAACCAGCCUGAUUGGAGCAGACUACCAGAGCGCUGUGGAUCUGAUCCGUGUGGGAGGAGGGAGGCUCCGUUUCCUCGUUGCCAAGUCCAACAUGGAAGUCUCAGACAAAAUCAGUGCAUCAUCAUGUUAAAAGGGUAAACCUACUCCA